UUUUUGUCUCUCGAGUCCGGAAUAGUAACAUUUUGGUUCCGAAGCGUCCCCCAUAGUUAGAGCUCCAUCGGAUCGUCGAACCCUAACCCUAGCUUGGCGAGAUGGUGUGCAUACGCAAGGCGACCAUAGAUGAUUUGCUGGCAAUGCAAGCCUGCAAUCUGCUUUGCCUUCCUGAAAACUACCAGAUGAAGUACUACUUCUACCACAUACUCUCUUGGCCGCAGCUUCUGUACGUGGCGGAGGAUUACAAUGGGAAGAUUGUGGGCUACGUGUUGGCCAAGAUGGAGGAAGAAACCUCUGAGUGCCAUGGACACAUCACCUCCUUAGCCGUACUCAGGACUCACCGUAAACUUGGUAUAGCUACUAAGCUCAUGACCGCUGCUCAAAACGCCAUGGAACAGGUGUUUGGGGCAGAGUAUGUGUCUCUGCAUGUGAGGAAGAGCAACAGGGCUGCAUUUAAGUUGUACACAGAGACAUUACAGUACAAGAUUCACGACAUGGAAGCUAAGUACUAUGCUGAUGGGGAAGAUGCUUAUGACAUGAGGAAGCAAUUAAAAGGCAAGAAGCACCAUCUGCAUCACCACCACCAUCAUGCUGGUGGAUGUUGUUCUGGGGAGGUAAAGGUAGGAGCUACGGAGAAAACCGCAGAAGGGAAAAAGGAGUGAUUGUGGAGGAACUUUUGCCAAGGAAUUGUGUAGUCUGCUUAAUGGGCAUUCAAGACUGGAAUUGUUGCUAUUGUAUGCUUUUAAUAAGAGAGUAACGUGUCUUGAAAAGUUGAACACAUGCAUAUGGCAUUUGUUCUUCUUUGGUUGUAUGUGUUCUUUUGUAUCUCUUGAAUGAAAGAGCAAGGCAAAAACUGGAAUCUUCGCGUUAUCUUAAAUAUCAUAGUAACAAAAAGAAACUUGAAGGAGUGAUUGUGGAUGAACUUUUGCCAAGGAAUUGUGUUUUAUUUGCUUAUUGUGCGUUUCAAGACCGAAGAUGUUGCCGCUGUAUGCCUUUGGUGAGAGAAAUGUGUCUGGAAAAGUUGAACAUAUGUAUGUGCUUGUGGGCUAUGGCAUUUGUUUCUUAUGCUGUUGUAUUUUCACUUUUAUAUCUCUUGAAUGAAGAAGCAAAGAAAAAACUGAGAAUUUUGCGUUACGGUAAA